AAAACUGGAAAGGAGACGUUGCAUUGCAUUGUUAACUUCUAUUUUGUCUUAUGUGAAAAUUAGAUAAGGAGGAAGUAAAAAAGGAUGUUUGACAGCUCUGUUUUAACUUCAGAGAAUCAUUGACGUCUUGGAUCCAUUAAUGAUCUUCUGUAAAAAGUUCGAAAUAAAGCGAGAGAGACGAGGUUGCCCUCAUUUCUCUAUUUUGUCGCACUGAAAAGAAAUUGAAGGACAGCUGUAGGCGGUAAAAAGAGAUGGAGGUGGACAGCUCUAUGCCUCUAUCGUACUCUCGGGUUCUUACCACGGUAAGCAAUUAUGUUAACAGUGGUUAAAAUGUAAAAAAGAGAGAGGUAACAUUAAGCAAGAGAAGACCAGUCAAAGAGCUUCCUACUUCGUUUAUACAGUUUGUGUACCAAACAACAAAAUCACAAUACAUUUUUACGCAACCGAGAGAGAAAAUACAGAGAAAGAAGAAGAAAAAGAAGAAGAAGAAGAGAGAUGGCUGCAUACAUUGACAUGUCGAGGGUUCCUUACAUCCCUGGGAGGUUGCACGCGACCAACCAUCCCUACCAGAGGUACGGUCCAAAGGGUUUCAUGGAAAUCAAGGUCCUUCCCAACGACGACCUCUACGUCCGCGUCGACUUGCCCGGUGUUCCAGACGACGCGAUUCGCUACAGAGUCGACGCCGUGAGACAAAAGGUUGUCUUUUUCUCCGGCGAAGAAACCCUCGGCGACGGCGACAAGGCUGGCGACGUUCGUGAGUACUCUGGAACCGCCGGUCUUGGCUGUGACUGCUGCGUGAUCACCGGCGUGGAUGCCAAGAUGAAAGAUGGAGUCUUGAGGAUGAUUCUCUCAAGGGUCAAGGUGAAGGACCAUGACAACAAGUGUUCUCACUUUCUGCCUCCUAACACAGGCAAAUCUGGAAGAUACGAUUUAAGUGAAUCUCUAUCUCCAUAUAACAUGGUUGAAGUGGAGGAUCAUCCGUUUGUGUUGAAAGGUCGCAAGAGCGUACUCGCUACAAAAGGAUCGUCUGAUGGAUGUCAUCACUUUUCAGUGGAUCUGCCAGGUGUAUGUAGUGACGACAUGUUCGUGCUUCCUAACGAGAACGAGAUCAAGUUCUAUGGUGAGAACAAGGAGGUGUAUGAGCAUGACGAGAGUUGCCGUAUUUUCCUUGGAGCCAUCAGCAAGCUUGCAUUUUGUUCCGAUGGGACUCCAGUUUUGAGCCACGACAUCGCUUGGGACGCAGAGUUUGGUGUUCUCAAAGUGCGUGUUUCACCUCCUCCUCCCAACAACAACAAUGAGUAAUCAUCGUCACUCUUUAACAUAUCUCUCUAUCUACGUACGUUUUUCUUUUCACUGUUUUAGUAUUUUGGGAGACCUUAAUUAUGAUUGAAGUUUUAGUUAUGUGUGUGUACUGCUUUUGUGUUUCUUAUGGAAUCUUGUGACUGGUUCAUUGCUUUCACAAUGUCUUUUUUUUUUCC